AUGCCUUCGGACGAGUACUGCAUACAUUCAGUCUCGGUUUCAUACAAUUACUUAACAUUUUCCGGGGAAGGGUACAACACAUACUAUGGACCCAAAUGUCUCAACCCAUUGCGAACAAUUUCGACAUACGCUUCUGGAAAAACGCUGUGUACAGACAAGGAGAUACAGAUUGGCUUUGAGAAGAUCCGUAGAGAAUGCGAGAAGGACGACUUUGAGUUCCUGGACUGGCGUCAUGUCGUCGCUAACAUCACCGACAGCGACAUCGCUAGAAUGAGAUUAGUCGAAUUUGAUGAGAUACCCAGUGGCACAAAUGUUACGGAACCUGUCAGGCUUGCCAAAUCGUUUUUCCAAAGAGUUGACAACACCCUCAUGACUUGGGAGUACGAGAUGAAUUGGCACCAUCAGUCUGGCUUCGCCCUCUAUGGAUUCUGGGGUGUCGUUCUAGGUGUCUCAGCGAUUGCCAACCUCCUCAUCUCCAGCAAUAUGUCGACCCAAUCGCCCCACACACAGUCAAGCAGGACAGUGCAGUUGAUGCAUUCGAUAUGGAGGUGGAUAAGAGUCAACUUGAUUGUUCCGCCCGCAUUCGGCUUGCAUCACCAGCGCCUUCUGUACUGGUGUACGAUUCCGACACGCAUGGAGAGCAUUAUUGUGACGGCUUUCUAUAUGUUCACGACAUAUCUUUCAGUAUCUCAUUAUCGUCUAAUAUCUAACAACAUCUACUGGGACGAAAAGUCUCAUCAACUUUGGCGAUAUGUGGCCGAUCGUACUGGCACUAUGGCAUACGCUACACUUCCUUGGAUCUGGAUUUUCGCUGGCAGAAACAAUGUCUUUAUGUGGGCUACAGGUCUUUCGUAUCAAGCAUUCAAUAUUUACCACCGACAUAUCGCUCGAGCUGGUACGAUACUAGCCAUUGUACACUCAGUCGUAUAUAUCAUGCUGUUUGUGGAGUUCGGAUGGGGAAUGUUCGCGAGAGAGUUCACUCAGCUUUGGCUCCUACUUGGUGUAGUGGCGACUAUCACUAUGAGUCUGUUACUGCUGCUCUCUGUGUCAUGGCUUCGUAUCAAGUUUUACGAGGUCUUCCUGAUCCUCCAUGUUGCACUUUCUGUGAUUACCCUGGUUGGAUGUUUCUUACACACUUCUAUCUUCGACGCAAGAUACGACGCAUAUCUCUGGCCAAUCGUGGUCGUGUGGGUGCUAGAUCGCGCACUUCGUUUGCUACGUCUUAUAUCUUGCAAUGUUCAAGUCCGUCUUGGCAAGCAAGUCAUUCGUCGUACACACACAAUUGCCUCAUACAGCAAACAGUCUGGUGUGGUUAGACUCGACGUGAAAACAGAUUCACUUUUUGUCCAGCCUGCUGCUGGGCAAUUCUACUACCUCUACCAACCUUCCACAUGGCAGGGCUAUGAAAAUCACCCAUUUACACUCGGAGCAUGGUCUCUGGAGGGUUCCGCAUCAGAUGAGGCUGGCAGCUCCCUCAUGCAGCACAUUGAUGCUCCUCAUGAGUUCGAUCAGUACGACUCUGAUCUGAGGCAUUCAAGUAGUACUCAAACUUUGACCUUCUGGAUCCGUCCUUACGAUGGCUGGACCAAACGUCUGCGAGAUGAGUGUCUCAGGUCACCUACCCGAACUUCUGCUCCAACAAUCCUCUUCGAAGGCCCAUAUGGCCAUCAUUGUCCGACCUCGUCUUUCGACUCGGUGCUUUUGGUCGCAGGCGGCACUGGUAUCGCAUCAGCGGUACCGUACAUCCUCGAACACAUGUCACUGUCAAAAGCAGGUAGAACAAACACCACACAUAUACACUUGAUCUGGACAGCCAGACAAGCAUCUUUUAUCCAAGAGGUCUUCGCUCGCGAACUCCGUAUUGCGACACAAAGAGAUGACUUCUCGGCUGAUCUGUUCUUCACACGACAGAGCGAAGGUCCGAAGCAUACUGAAGGAGACUCUGGAAGGCAAGAUGACGAAGUCCUGGACAUGCCCGAGUUGCAGUAUGGACGACCAGACAUGGCAGCUGCAAUUGCCAAAGCUGCAACAAGAGCGGAAAUUACAGGGACGAAGGUGGCCGUGUUGGUCUGCGGUCCGCCUGCUAUGGCUGAUGAAGCCAGAUUAGCUGUUCACCGUUCACUGAAACGUGGAUGUCAUAGUGUGGAGUACUUUGAAGAGUCUUUCGGAUGGUAG